AUGAUUCGCCCGAAAGCUCCCUUAGUAUUGUCUCGGCUUUUCAGCCUCAACCCACUGCAUCCGCCUUCGCAUUUCACAAAUCGCAAGCAAGUUCCUCAGCCAUACCAGACGCCUGAAACUAAUUAUCAAUUACCUUCCAUAUCCAAUCAUGGGCAAUAUCAGCAUGGGAACCAUUCGCCAGUUCUGAGUCCUCAUACUACAAAUAUACCAUCACUGUCAUCAUCUUUGCCUUCCUCCUCCUCCUCUUCUUCUUCUUCUUCUUCUUCUUCCACUUCACCAUCUACUUCACCAUCGUCACUGAAUUCACAUCCUCAUGAGAAUUCCAUAAGAGAAAUUACUGGACUACUUGCAAUGUUUGCUCUUGCAUACAUUGCAAUAGACAACUAUACAGAACGCAUGAAACUUGAGAAACUUCACACUGAGACAACGGCGAUCAACUUGAAAGCGUUACAGGUGCAACAACUAAAUUAUCAAAAGGAAAGAAAGAAGAAGGAUUUGCAAUUAUUGCAGGAAAGAAGAGAGUUGGCAAAAAGAAAUUUCAAAAUGGCUUUGCAUAUCGCAAUGUUGAGGAAGCAGUUGUUGGAUGCGGGAAUGGAUCCAAUUAGCUUAGACGCUUCUAUAGCGGAGUUUGAAAAGAGUGUAAAAGCAGAUAAUUCAAUAAAAAACGUUACAGGGCAGUACCUCUGGCUUGACGAUUCUUCAGAUUACAAACCCUUUGUGCCCGACUCGAUGGAGUAUGACAAGGCCAGAAAACCAAACCAAGUAUAG